UUUAGCUAAAAAUGUCUUACAUCUCGCCUUGCCAAGGCUUUUAUCCAGAGCAUUUGAAGAGACUCAAAUCGUUCAGAACAAAGAGAAAUAUGGAUAUCACUGAUAUAGAGGGAUCGAAGCCUAACUACUGGGUAGCUAGGUUCCAGAAAAGAGACCAUAUGCGCACAGAUGAUAUAGAUGGAGCCACUGCUCCUAGAAUCCCUAAAUACACAGGGAGAAGGACUCGUGAGAGUUACACGAGGCUUACCAAUACGAAAAUGCUUAAUUCAAGAGUAAAAUUAAACGAUAUCUGGCAUGAUAAUUCACUUAAAAAUAAUGAUUCGUAUGCAACUUUGCCAGCAAAUGAUUCUCCUCAUAAAGGAGAAUCAUACAGCCCUGCUAGGUCAAGAGAAGGCUCUGGAGAUCGGUUUGAGUCUCCCACCAACCUCCAGAUGGAGGAGAAGAAGAAGAGAAUUGUAGUUCCUAGACAAAGCAUUUUGGAGACCCCUCCUGGCAACAGCUUGGACAUCCGGCCUAAAAUCCCGAGGUUAUAUAAGAUAAGAUCUGAAAAGAGACUCUCUGGGAUCGGCAACCAAAGUUUUGAUCAUUCUUUGGAGUCUUUUCCAACUGGCCAUCCUCAGAAGAUACACAAUACGACUAUCAAGCUCCAAGAUGGAAAAAUUAGAGAAAAUGCUAAGAAUAUUCUCUCAAAAAGCUUCGAGUCAAUUCCAGAUGAGAUGCUCCAGUCUAGGAAUAAAGGAACUCUAGACCUUAAGAGGAACCUCCUAUCAAACAACUACAGGACAGAGAAUGCUAAUGACCCAUAUUCAGGACAAGUCUUAGAGGGCUCGGAUUAUGGAUAUGAAGUUCCUAGGUUCAAUAAGCCUCCUCCAGUGCAUCAAAAUACGAAAAUUUAUAAUACAAAUCCAUGGACUGACCACAAGACAUCUCCAGUGCAGAUUAGGAUGAAUAGAUACUCUAGAGACUUAAAACGGGCUAGGAAUGGCCCAAAAUGGAAUCUGCCAAGUAUCAACAAUAGAGGCGCACACAAGUUAAACUUCAAAAACCAGGAGCACAAGGUAUUAAGAGAGUCCUUGCAUGGAAGCCCUUCAUAAAUAUAUUUUUCAACGCCACCCAGGGACGAG